CGAGGAUUAUCUUCUCCUUGUGUUGGUUUAUUUGCAUCAGUUCAGAGACACCGAUCGCUUCUUUUGGAAUAUUAAUGGUCUUCCUUUAUACUAGCAAUUUUUUUCCAAUUUUUGUUUAGCAGAAUACAUUCAAUUGAAGUCAUGAAACAUUAGGUAAUCCCUUGUCUGACUCCACCCUGCUUUCGCCGCACGACGCAACGUUCAUUCAUGCAACAAGGAGGCACUUUAUGAAAAUGGAAUCUGAAGAUGGAGGAAACAAUCCUCCGUUGUUUACUCCCAAUGAAGAGCUAGUUAUCGCUCUGAUGUCUCUGGGUUUCACCCGAAAUGCAGCCAUAAAGGGUCUGUUUUACACAGGGAACCAAAAUGCAGACCUUGCAGCCAGCUGGCUGUUUGAGAAUCAGGACAAAGACUUGGAUACACCACUUGAGCAUGAGUUAAUAGGUACAAGUGACAGCAGUGAGGAUGAAUUUCUGGAAGCAGGAGACUUCUACAAGAUGGUUUUUGUCGUGAAUGCAGAACUGGGAAUGGGACCAGGCAAAGUUGCUGCUCAGGUAGCCCAUGCAGCACUUAACCUGUACCGAACACUUCAAGAGAAACAAGCAUUGUACAGUGAAAUGCUUCUUAGCUGGGAGCAAUUUGGGGAAACUAAGGUUGUGCUUCGAGGUGAAACAACAAUACACCUGCAACAACUUGCAGAGCAGGCAAAUAAUAUUGGUCUGCCAUUCUACCUGGUGCAGGAUGCUGGCAGAACACAGGUUGCACCAGGAUCUGUUACAGUAUUGGGAAUCAUGGGAAAGAUUGAUAUAAUUGACCAGGUUACUGGCUCCUUGAAACUGCUGUAGCAGUCAUUUCUUAUUGUGAUACAUAGUAUUCACCAUCACACAAAGGAAUUAAGAACACAUAUUUGUCUUUUUCUUUAUGUUUUGAACUUAAAGAAACUAUUGACCAAGGCUUUUUUUUACUGAGUUUGCAUAGUGUUGGAAAGAUCAGCUGAAAUUAAUUUCACUAUCCUAUGCAUGUAGCUCUUAAUCCUAAGCUGCUUAAAAAGAUAAAUAGUGUUGAGAUGACAGAUUCAUUGUGAUUCCAAGCAUGGAAAAGAUUUUUUUUAGAAAAUGCAUUUUAUGUAAGACAAAGUGUAUUGAGGAAAACAAACCUGCUAUUUAAAAUGUUAGUUUUAAUGUUUUUCUUUGCUUUUCAUCUUAAGGGCUUUUAAAUUGACAAUUUGUGUUAGCCAAAGUGAGUUUGAUUUAAACUUAUUACAAAUAAAUUAAUGAACAGUAUUGACCCAUUCAAAAGUCUCAAAUAUUUUAGAUGCACGGCAUUAUUAGUAGCGAUGAGGGGAGGGGCAGUAACUUUAUCUUAAGUUGUGUGUAUAUGUAUAUAAUUAUAUAUGCAUAGGUGAUGCAUGUGUGUGUGUGAUUUAAAUAAGGCAAUGGGUGGAAGGUGUUUUUCCUUGUUUUAUUUCUGUAUGGCUUGCAAUUAUGUUCUUAGUUUCUUCCACAAGACCUUCACAUUACAGACUGAUUACGUUGUAUAAUUGUCCCACAAAAAUCUCUUCUAGAGCCCCUUGUAUACUCAGAAGUCAUUGAUUUUUCGACACUUGAGUCAAUUGGAAAGAUUUAAAGCAUGAACGCUGACUGAAUCCCAAGAAAGUGGUGGGUUGAAAAUAGUGAACUUUGAUGUGACAAAAUGUAUUAUAUGCAUUCAUAUUUGUGCUUUAUGCACAGUUUCAUUUGUUCAUCUUGUUUUCAGUCAGUGUAAGUUAUUGCUUCAAGGUGGCUACCUUUUUGCUUUUGUGAAGCUUUUUUCUUUUCCUGUAUAGUUUAAUUUGCUAUUGGCUUAAACUUGCCUUGCUAGGUUAUUCAAGGGUUACAAGUAUAAAUUCCAAUUCUUUUAUUCAGAUCAUUAAUUUUGUGCUAACAUUGGUACCAGAGCUGUCUACUAAUGGUAGCAGUAUGCAUACAAAAACCAGAUUUACAGUUUGAUUUGUUGGUAAUAAACAUAAUGGUGUACUGAGAAGUAGCUCUUACAGCUACCUUUGUCAUACGAAUGAAUACAUUUCAUGCAAAGUUCUUGUUUUAGCAAGCAAAGGUAUCUUUACAUUUCUACAUCUCUUCAUGAAUCUGCUCUCGUCUUGUGUUUUAAGAUUUGCUAUUAUCUGGAGAAAUAGUGUCUAUGAUGACGUAAUUAUCAUCAACCAUUGAGAUUGAGCAUACUGAUGAAGGCAUGUUAAUACAUGUUGAUGUGAUGGUUAUUUCAAUCAUGCUAUUUGUGCUUUUAACUAAAUGUAUUAAGAGGUAGGUCCUGAAUUGCGUUAUUUCUAAUCUUCUGGUUUUUUUCCCUGGACACAGAAUUUUAGCUGUACCAUUUCUUUCCCUUUUUUAAUUGGACCACUUCAUUAUUUUUAAUUGAAAAGCUUCAUUUUUUCUGAGGAUGCUAGGAAUUUCAUAACAAAACCAAAAUUGAACAGACAAGUAUUUUCUUUUUGUGGAACUCUUUUUGUAAAAAAUGUUUGGUGGUCAGUCUUGUUCAUGCCACAUGUGUUCAAUGAUUCCUGCAAAUCUGACAGAUUGGUAGGAAGUGAGUGUUGAGGGGAAGUUUUGUGCCUAACGAAAUUAGAAUAAAGAAUAUAUUUCUACCUUUUCACUAUCCUAUGAUUGUGUUUAUUUGUUUUGGUUGUCUAACAAGUUAAAGUAUAACAAAACUUUUUUUUAUUUGGGAAUACUGAGAAUGAACAUGUACAUGUAUUUCAUGUUUAUAAAUACCAGUUGUAUAUAAAAAUAAACAGAUUUUUCUAGUCAGUUUCCUACUUUAAAGUAGAUACAAUACACUGUUCAGGGCUAAAAACAAAAUAAAAUACAAAUAUUAUAGAAAUAGUUUUAGGCAUACCAACAAAUAAACUUGGACACAACAACAUAUCAUAAAAGUAUAGGUGAAGAUCUUGUACUCAAGGUAAGGUGCAAAAAAGUUAGUGUUUGAAAUGCUUGAAAGGUUUUUCUGCCAACUGUGUGAUGUCAGAGCUUUUUGGUCCGAACAGCAUUGGAUGCAAGUGCAACCUGACGAGCCACCUUGGGUGGGAUCUGAAGUCACAAGAGCUGGUUCUGUGUGAUGGAGAACUUCUUAAAACUUGGAUAAGUUUCAUUGCCUCAGUUGAAUGGUUGCAUUCUCUGGAAAGAAUAAGCCAGCUUCCUUGCAAGAGCCAGUCUGGGUGGUCUGCAGGUCCUGUUCGUGGUUUAUACAGGAAAUCGUGCACAACACUUUCAGCUAUGUUAAGAAAUUUCCUCAAGCCUUGUCCCUUAGUAGUGUGUCCCUUGAUGCCUGUGUCUUCUUUUUCUGCCAGUAUCUCACCCAGGAUGUGUCCUUGUUUGCUUUAGCCUUGUCUUCCUUUGAACUUUGCCUUGGACUAAGCAUGUCUACAGUGGGCUGAUGUUUGGUUUGGUUCCUUUUUGUUGAGGAACCUUUUUUUCAUGUUCCUUGGUUCUCUGGUACUGUUGUGGGCGAUCGAUAGUGCACACCAGGCCGCCUCCUGGUGUUUCUUCCCUCUACCUGAUCUUUAUUCUAGGGGAAGCAGAUACCCAAGGGUUAGAGCGCUGGCAUCUGAACUGAGAGAACUCUGGUUCAAUGCCCGACUAGAGCAGCAAACUCCCCCCUACCCCCAGUUGACCUAGCUGGCGAGAAUGGGUUGCUGACUCCUUAGAGGGUUGGGGAAGGUAAAGCAGCGAGGGAGUGGAGAUUUUGCACCGCCCUCAGGUAAAGCUGGUCCCGAGAAAAGUGAGAUCUCUAACACCUUACCCCCAAAUGAUCUGAAAAGGUUACUGGAUGACCUUUUCCUUUUUUUUAUGGUCAUGUCAUUUGGUAAGUCACGAAGAAAGAGAAUUCACUCUUAAAAUUUCAUUAAAAUCAUAGCAAUUAUCCUUAAAUGAGUAUAUAAACACCCUUUAAUGAUUUUGUUUGUAAGAAAAGGAAAUAGUUACCAAAACCUCUAAUGUGGAAUUCUUGCAAGUGGCAAAAGAAUGAGUGGAUGUGGCUGGGUACUUGCAGUGAGGUUGCUGUGUCUUAUUGUUAGAAUGUGUUGAUGUCAACCAUAUUGUGGAGGGAGGAAAUUGUCAUGGAAUUUACCUUGCUAGUUUUAAUAGCUUGGUGGAGGGCGUUUGGUGUGUCUAGCCACCUUCAUCACUGCCUAAAGCAUAUUAUUAUUCUUUCAUGACUUUCUAAACAUUUUUCAUGCAGUUAUGCAAUGUGAGAAUUGCUUGUUCUUUUUGCUAAGCAAACUUUGUGAUAUUGUGAAGGAAAUGGCUUGACCAUGUUUAAUAACUUCCGAAUAAUCUCCUGUUUCACAUCCUAAAUAUUCGAGAUACCAUAAAAAAGCAAACAGCUUAUAAAGUGGUUGCCAUUGGUCUCAUUAAAUGCAUUUAUUAUUUGUUUCAACUUGGAUUCCAAACUGAGGCACAUUUUUUUGUUCAAAAACACCUGAAUUAUAUUUAAAAACAGAUGACUUGGAUUGUGGAACUAUUGAAUUAUUAGUUGCAACACUUGGCCUUUAGUAAUAAAUUAGCCUAUUUUGUCAGCAGCAGUCACUAAAUUGUUGCAGAUACAGAAAGACUUAAGCCAUGAAUAUAAUUUUGCUUUAUUUUAUGGGACUGGUUUACUGUUACUGCACAAUGUGGUGUUAAAAUGGAGUCAUUUUUGUGUACAAUGUUUUACCAUGGCAUAAGUUGUUGCCAAUGAUCAUUGUGCAGAUUUGUCUUUGUGAAACGACUUGGAUCAAGUAAAUGUUGGCAAUGACA